AUGCGAAUUAUUGAAACCUGGGGAACUGGGUUUCGAAGAGGACGAUGUGACAAGAUCGAUCCGAUCUCGAAGCGGAAAUCAUUUUUCCAUUUGCCUGUGUCUGUCGUCGAUGACCGCGACAGGGACAGGAAAAAUUUGAAGAAUACAAUAGAUUUAGAUUCACGCUCAUGUGGGGGGGUGACGGUGGUCGCUGGGUGCGACAAUGUCAACAAGUCUUACGAGCUUCCAGAAAAUUAUUUAGAAACCCUAAUUCCCAAAUGCUCGCUUCUCUUCCUGAAUCACCCGAUCCUCCAUCAUCGUCCCUCGGCUCUCCUUGCUCUAUUCGGUGUCCGCCUCGGCUCUUCCUCUGUCUUCAUCAACCGCGGUCUGGCUCGUCCGCGGCGGAGGUGGGCUUCGCUUCACGGCUUCAAGCGACAUCCUUUGUCUUCGUCUUCGUUCGGGCUCACGCGCCGCCGCACACGCACCCUCUUGAGCUCGCUGUCUUGGCUCUUCCUCCUCUCGUCUCUCCGCAAGAUCGACGUCGCUUCUCGCCGGACGUGGUUCCUCUCCGGGCAAGGUUCAUGUCAACCUCUGAGUUUGAAAAAAAAACUGGUCAGAGAGAAGAUAUUGGAUAAACAACUACACAGUUUGCUAGAGCAAUUGGUAGCAAAGCAGGCCCAAGCAGAAGCCUUGGUGAGUGAAGUUCAUCAGAAAGAAAAGGAACUAGAGGGGUUGAGUGGGCUGUGGAAGAGGCUGGAGAGUAAUUCUUUGGAGGUGAAUGCUACGAGAAAUCGGUUUGGAAGAAGCAUAUUUGACAAAGGUUCUGCUUCUUCAUAUUACAUAGUUGACGUGCAACACAAACCCCUCUUUACCAUUGGCCGAUGGGACAGCCUGCAGAGGCCAGCUCUGCUAAGGUCUGAUACUGUCCGUGACUCACCAACUGAUUCUUUAAGAGUUGCCAGAGAUAACGGGCUUGGGAAUGCUGAUGCUGGUGUUGGAGGAUUUUCCGACAGUAAGGUAGUUACCCUAUCUUUCCCCUUCAAUUGGUAUUGGGCAAUUAAAGUUUAGUUCUAUCCAGGCAUUUGUAAACUUGGCAUUAUAUCGCCUGAAUAUCACAUCAGGGCAUUGUGUAUGUAUCAUUCAGAUGAA